AUGGAGAAGAACUGUGCAACGUCUCCAAGAAUCUUGAAGAAACCUACCUUGCAUCAUCCAGGUGAGGAGCUCCGGAUUCUUUUGGUUGGAAAAACAGGGGUGGGGAAAAGUGCAACAGGCAACACUAUUUUGAGGAAAAAGGUUUUUAAAUCAGAGAUAUCCUCCUCGUCUGUUACUGGGGAAUGUGAAAAAUUUAAUGCAAUAAUAAAUGGCAGAAUAAUAUCUGUCAUUGACUCUCCAGGUCUGUUUGACACCAGCCUAACUGCAGAUGAGGUGAUUGCCAGAGUUAAACUCUGUAUUCCUCUCUCUGCUCCUGGUCCACAUGUCUUCUUAGUUGUGAUUCAGGUAGGCAGAUUCACAGAUGAAGAGGCAGAGGCUGUUAGAACCAUCCAAACAAUUUUUGGUGAGGAAUCCUCCAGUUACACCAUGGCAUUGUUCACUCAUGGAGAUCGACUGGAGGGCAAAAACAUUCACACAUUUGUCCGGGACAGUCCAAAACUGCUCAGUUUCAUCAAAGCAUGCAAUGGACGAUACCACGUUUUCAACAAUCAAGAACGAAACCCUGAACAGGUCAUUCAAUUGUUUGACCAGAUUGAUAAAAUGGUCACUGGGAAUGGUGGGCAACACUACACCAGUGAGAUGCUUGAAAGGGCAGAGAGAGCAGUUGAGGAAGAGAAACAACGUAUCCUGCAGGAGAAUGAGGAGCAGAGACUAAAGGAGUUUGAGGCUCUGAGGGCUCGACUUGAAGGUGAGGCCCUUGAAAAAGCUGAAGAAAAGCUGAAGAAUCUACAUGAGCAGCAGGCAAGACAGAAAGCUGAGAAAAGCACUUCGGUUUUGGACAAAAUCUUUACUUUUUUGGGCAAUUGUUUGAAGAAACUUUUUAACUUGUAGUCCAGCUUCAUUG